CUGCCCUGCAGAGGAGUCUCAAGCCCAGGAGGAAGGCGCUUCAGCUGCCCACAGACUAUUGGAGAACUUUCCCAGGAAGAUGGUGAAGUGGUUCCGUGUGAUCCUUGCAGUGACCUUGAUGAUGGACUGGAGAGGCUGGGCUCUCGAGAGCUGUCUCCAGGAGCAGCAGAGGCUCAAGGACCAGCUGAGAGUCCUGGAGGCGCGGGUCAAGCAGCAACAGACCAAGAUCGAGCAGCUCCUUCGGGAACACGAGCUCCAGCUGCUGGACAGGGGAGAAGAAAAGAGCUUCCGCCAUGUGGGAGGAAAGAGGCGAUAUGCAGACUGUUCAGAGAUAUUCAAUGAUGGACACAAGCUCAGUGGUUUCUACAAAAUCAAGCCCGUGCAAAGCCCGGUCGAGUUCUCCGCUUACUGCGACAUGACAGAUGGAGGAGGCUGGACAGUGGUUCAAAGGCGUGUGGAUGGCUCAGAGAAUUUUGACAGGAACUGGAACGACUAUGAGAAAGGUUUUGGAAAUUUCGUCCAAAAAAAUGGCGAAUACUGGCUUGGGAAUAAAAACCUCCACUUCCUGACCACCCAACGAGACUACACCCUGAAGAUCGAGCUGGCCGACUUCGAAGGAGAACACCGCUUCGCACAAUAUGAAAGCUUCCGAGUCGGCGAUGAACAGAGCGCCUACGAGCUGAGCUUCAGGGAAUACUCGGGCACUGCGGGAGACUCGCUGUCCGGGAGCUUCCAUCCUGAGGUCCAGUGGUGGGCCAGUCACCUGCGGAUGAAGUUCAGCACCAGAGACCGAGAUAACGACAACUACUCGGGCAACUGUGCCCAGGACGACAAAGCAGGCUGGUGGUACAACAGGUGCCACUCAGCAAACCUCAAUGGUCUGUACUACAGAGGGGCCUACACUGGCGACACGGACAACGGCAUUGUUUGGUACACUUGGCACGGCUGGUGGUAUUCCCUGAAAUCUGUCGUUAUGAAGAUCAGGCCCCGUGAUUUUGUGCCCAACGUCAUCUAACUGUGCACCCGAGCUCUGGUUUCUCCAUCAUCUGUAAUAAAAACUCGCCUGCCAUCCCAAGCGGGUGACGGAGCUUGGCAAAGGC